ACAAAUGUAAUCAGACAUUAACCUUAAAAAAUAUUACGUUCAUAAAAAUAUUUUCUUUGUGAUGUCUGGGGAGAAAAAGCUGCGACCGGCGAUUCACGCAACGGUUUUAGAAAUUUGCAAUGAAUUAGAACCAAUUCUCAAUGUUAAAUACGAGCCGGACUGCGUUGAGCUUAUCGGAGAAUUGGUUUGGAAAAAGUUAUGUCUGUAUGGACAAGAUCUGGAAGCAUUCAGCAAACAUGCAAAAAGAACAACGAUAAACAACGAAGAUGUGAAGCUGUUGGUGAGGCGAAACGAGUCGCUCAAGAAGUUAAUUGAUGAUAAAAGCAAAGCAACAACAAGCACAACAUCAAAAUCAAAGAAAAGCACAUCUACAAUUGUUUUGGACUAACUAGUGCAAUAAUUACCUGCCACAGAACCGCAUAUAAAAUUAGUCAUUGCAUGAUGUUGACCAAUUGUGGUGUUCUUAAAUUUAAAUACCAACAUCUCA